AUUCCAGUUUGCCAUGCAGUGCACCGUCGGCUCUGUUUGGCUCCUCGAAAAAUUUUUAAUUUCCAUUUUCAGUAUUUGAUAAAAUAUAUAUAUAUAUAUAUAUAUAUAUAUAAAUAUAAUUAAAAAAAAAAAAUGUAUGAUGAUGAACAACAAUUUGAAUAUGAAAUUUCAUGAGAAAGAUUGAUUUCCCAUGACACGAACCCAACUGUCAUUAGAGAAAGCCGUUAGGAUUUUCAACCGUAUAUUUUCCCGCUCUCUGACAUUUCAAUAUCUCCGCCGUCACAAUGACUCAGAUGACGAUUUGGAGUCCUGUAAUGCUAAGAUCUUUGGCCUCGUUGAGAGGCGACGAGACCCAGUUGGUUUGGAGCUCUUCGCUCAGUGCCUACAACAACAUGGGUCUUCACCCACACCUCAAGCUCUCAACAAAAUUUUGUCUUUUGGAGCAAAAUCGGCUUCUCUUGAUCUGGGUUUUCAGAUUCACGCUCUCAUUAUUAAGUUGGGUUUUUGUACAAAUGUACAUAUUUGCAGUGCUUUGGUUGAUUUGUAUGCAAAAUGCGGGACAAUGCCCAAUGCCCAGAAACUUUUCGAUGAAAUGCCUCAGAAAAAUGUAGUAACUUGGAAUACAUUGACUUCUGGUUAUUUGCAUGCCGAGUGUCCGAAGAUGGCGAUUGGGAUUUUCUUCAAGAUGUUGAAAGUGGGAACAGCACCAACGCCUUUCAGUAUGUCUGGUGUUUUGGUUGGAUGCUCACAACUAGAAGCUGGAGCGCUAGGAACUCAGGUGCAUGGUUUGAGCCUUAAAAUGGGGUAUUGCUGUAACAUUUUUGUGGGGACAGGGUUGAUAGAUAUGUACUCAAGGUGUUAUAGUCUUGAUGAUUCAAGGCGGGUUUUUGAUCAAAUGCCAGAUAAGAAUGUUAUUACUUGGACUUCCAUGGUUACCAGAUAUGCACAGAAUGAACAGCCUGAUGAGGCCAUGAUCUUGGUAAGAGAAAUGCUGCGUCUUGAAGUUAAGCCAAAUGAUGUAACUUAUAACAGUUUGUUGAGUUCAUUUUCUAGUCCCAAUCUUCUGGAUAAAUGUGGGCAAAUCCAUAGCCGGAUUGUUAAAGAAGGUUUUGAGUUCAACACAUAUAUAGCAGUUACCCUGGCUACUAUAUAUUCAGAAUGCACUAAUAGCUUGGAAGACUUUGAGAAACUUUGCUCUUGUAUCUCAAAAUGGGAUCAAGCAUCAUGGAAUGCGGUUAUUGCUGGUUAUUCUAAUUUAAGAGUUGGUGAUCUUGCGCUGAAAUGUUUCUCUGAAAUGAGGCAAACAGGCCUGAGUACAGACGUUUUUACGCUUACAAGUGUUUUAAGAGCAGUAGGAACUAUUUCAGGCCUUGAAGAAGGAAAGCAAAUACAUGGUCUAGUUUUCAAGAGCGGGCAUGGCUCAACUUUACAUGUUCAGAACGGGCUUGUUUCCAUGUAUGCAAGAUGUGGGGCUAUCCAUGAAUCGAAAUGGGUUUUUACAUUGAUGGAUGAACACGAUAUCAUCUCCUGGAAUUCACUGUUAUCAGGAUGUGCCCAUCAUGGAUUCGGUCAGGAGGCUGUUGAAUUGUUUGAACACAUGAGAAGAAGCAGCGUCAAACCAGAUGACACCACCUUCCUCAUUGUGCUCACUGCUUGUAGCCAUGUUGGUAUGUUGGACAAAGGACUGGAGCUAUUCAAUUUGAUGAGAAAUGAUAAUUCACUUUACCUCCCAAAAAUGAAGCAUUAUGCUACAAUAGUUGAUCUUUUUGGUCGAGCAGGGGAUCUCCAAGAAGCUGAAGCCUUUAUAGAUAGCAUGCCAAUAGAGCCGGGGCCCUCGGUUUAUAAAGCUCUGCUUAGUGCUUGCCGGGUUCAUGGAAAUAAGGAAAUAGCACUUCGCUCAGCAAAAAAACUUCUGAAAUUGUGCCCAGAUGAUCCUGCAACUUACAUACUGCUGUCAUAUGUCUUGAUAACAGAUGGUUACUGGGAUGAUGUACAAGGACUGCGGAAGCUCAUGUAUGGUAGAGGAGUUAGGAAAAAUCCAGGUUAUAGUUGGAUAUAAGUAAAAAAACCAAGUACAAAUAUUCGACCCCUUUUUUUUUCUUCUUCUAUUUUUUAACUUGUUUUUUUGAAAGAUUAAUUUGUCUUUGUUUGAAAGCCUAAAAUUUUCGCUUUUUCCACAAAACAAAAACCUCAAGGUAGAAGAAAAU